CUUCAUCCUCGCGAGACCGGAGUCCCCCAAGACUUUUUUUUUGUGUGUGUGUGUGGUGUUUGCUUCUCCCCAACGGCACCCGUCCCGCUCCGCGCCGCCGUCCGCAAUCCACAACACGUCCUCCGUUCUCGCCUCCGCCGCUGGCACGGACCCGGGCCUCCGCUCGUGCGGCCCUGUGCUGCGCUGUCGUCCACUCGACGGCCUCGCUGCCGAGGCUGAAAAUCCGUCUGUGAGAGCAAACCACCACCGCGCCUUCCCUUACCACCAUGGAGGCGCGCGCGCUGGUCGGUGUGGGAGGCCCUUCGGCUUCCCAAUCCCCUAUCAGCCCAAUUGCCCGCCACGGCUCCAUCAAGCGCAAAAGGAGCACGACUGGGCUGGAUAGUAGCCCUGGCAGUGGCGAUGAAGACCACUCGAUGCUAGAUCCAAACGACAAGAAACGUCAGCCAGGGGUCAAACGCGCUUGCAACGAGUGCCGCCAGCAAAAGUUACGAUGCGAUGUUGUGCAGGACCCCUUUCAGAGCUGCUCGCGCUGCAAUCGCCUCAAGCUCGACUGCAAAAUCGAGUCCAACUUCAAGCGUGUCGGCAAGCGUUCGAAACAUGCCGAAAUGGAGAGAGAGAUUGAGCGGCUCCGGCGGAACAUCCGGGCAGCCAAGAGCCAAGGCUACGUUCUCGAGGAUGACCACGAAGACCUGGCGUCACAGCUGCAGUCUCCCGUGGCAACCAACGGCUACUCACAUACCCGCAACCCAUCUCUCAUGGGUUCUGAUGAGGCCGUGAGCUCCCUGCUGACCCUCAAGCGGGGAGGUUCCUACAGCAUGGCUGCACAACAUUACGCAUACGAACUCGAAUCCGUUCGACUCACCGAUCAAGACGUUCGCGGCCUCUUCCAGGAAUAUUUUACCUGCUACCACCCGUUCUUACCGUUCCUCAACCCCGAACAGUCACCAGACCUCUUCUACCAACAGCACGCACUGCUAUUCUGGUCCAUUGUCGCCAUCGCCUCGCGCAGGUAUCGACCGAAGCCUAGUAUUCUUCACGAGCUUGCCAACGGACCCCUCAAUAGGUUGUUGUGGAACACCGUGGGCGAUGUCCCAAACAGCUAUUUUGUCGUCAAGGCUUUGUGCCUCUUGUGCACCUGGCCCUUGCCAACAAGCACAACAACAGCUGAUCCGACACACAUCUUGUGCGGAGUCAUGAUGAAGGCUGCAACCGGUAUCGGCUUGCACCGCCCGAAUCAUACUCAAGACUUCUCACGAGUCUCUGUAGAGCUGAACAAAGACCAGCUCCACGACCGCGUGACGACCUGGGCUGUUUGUAACAUCGUCGCCCAAUCGAUAGGAACAGGCUAUGGACAGCCAGCUUCGACCUUGUACGAUUGGACCCUUUCAAUACGCCCUGGCGAGGAUACGCCAUUCACGCUGGCCCCGGAGCUUGAGGCACGGUUGCGCAUCGAGAGAUUCUGCGACAAGAUCUCCAAGGAGAUGUAUAGCAACGCUAGUGACCCUCGAGGAGUCGCAGGCGAUGAGCAUCGAGCCAUGCUCAUGCGCGUAUAUCGCAGAGACUACGCAGACUUGCAGGCGUCCAUCCAUUCUCAACCGCUCUCUUCGAUUGUGAUUGUCCACCUCAAGGCCGCUGCAGUACACUUGCGGCUAGCAGGCUUCUUCGACUCAAGCACAACGCCCGGAUACAUGGAUGAUCUGAUGGGCUUAUGGAGGGCUGUGUCCACAUUCCUAGACGUGCUUUUCGAGGAGUCGAAUCGCCACAUUUUGCUCUAUGCUACCAAUUAUGUGCAGCAGAUGCUAGUGGCCGCGGGUUUCGCCCUGCUGAAACUGAUGCGCUCGUUCUUUGCUAAGACCAUUGAUUUCGACCGCGGCCGGCAACUAUUUCACAAGACUGUACAAGCCAUCCGGACGACGAGCGUAUUAGAGAACGAUCUCCAGUGGCGUUUAGCCGAGCUUAUGGUGCAGAUGUGGAACGGCGCCCGCCUUGAGAAGGGCAAGAACACCUACCACGAGGACGACCCGGCAGCCAACAUCGACGAUAGCCUGCAGCUGAAGGUACGCUGCCGGCACAGUAUGAGCCUUGUCUUCGACUCGAUCUGGCGGUGGAGAGAAGAGUUCCAGGCCGCUGGACGAGCCACACUUGACUCGCUCAAACAAGCAACUAACCCGGACUCGGCUAACGAGUCUUCAGCAUCAUCGACGCAUCUUGAUAGCACACUGAUGCCGCCGCAACAACAAAACAUCUCGCAAAGCCUGCCGAACAUGAACGGCGGGCUCACGCCGCAGCCGACCCACGGAAUCACCAGCAAUGGCCCUAACAGCAUGAUUGCGGGCAUAGGCUAUGCCGGCGACGCAAACUACGACUUCUUCGACCCUCAACACUGGAUGCUGGAUGGUCUGCUGGAUUUUAAUUACAACUUUUCACAACCACUUGAGGGGAUGUGAGCAUACAGAAACCGGUCCUAGCCGCCUGGUCGCUUCCACCUUUUGGGAGAUGGCUUGGGUUGCGCCUAGCCAC